AUGAAAGCUAAUCAAAGGCAUGCAACUUCAAAGUUGAUUAGUGGUUACAUUAUCGACAAUCUUCGAGACCCAAAGUUUGAAGUUACACUAGCUUUUGUCAUGGCAGAAAUGCAAAAAUUGCAUGGACUAGACAUUGGGUAUCACAAGACGUGGUGUGCUGUUCAAUGUGCUUCCGCUUUAAUAAGAGGAACUCCUGAAGAGAAUUAUGAAUUAUUGUCUUCAUACUUGUAUAUGAUGAGAAGUAAAAAUCCGGGAACAUAUACUAAUAUAAAGAUAGACGAGAACAACAGGUUUCUUUAUAUGUUUUAUGCAUAUGGAUCAUCAAUAUCUGGUUGGAAUCAUUGUAGACCAGUGAUUGCUAUUGAUGCAACUUUUUUGAAGUCAAAAUUUCGUGGUGUUUUAAUGAUUUCAGUUUCAAAAGAUACAAAUAACCAAAUUUUUCCUCUAGCCUUUGGAAUAGCAGAAUCUGAAAAUAAGAAUUCCUAUGAGUGCCAUCAAUCUAUUGCAUAUGCCAUUGCAAAGGUAUAUCCUGAAAGCCACCAUGGGAUUUGUAUCUAUCAUUUGGAGCAGAACCUAAAGCGAAGGAAAGUGAAAAGUGAGGUCAUAAAACUUUUUCAAAGUGCUGCAAGAGUAUACAGGCGCAAAGAAUUUAAUCUUUACAUGUCAGAUAUAGCAAAAGUAGAUAAGAAGACUUAUGACUACUUGAUGGAAGAACCACCGAAAAGGUGGGCACGUUCUUGUAGUCCACGACGAAGAUAUGACAUGCUCACAACAAAAAUAGUUGAGUCUAUGAAUUCUGUCCUAUUAGAAGCAAGGGAGCUGCCUAUAUUAAGAAUGAUGGAUUUCAUUCAAGUGAAGCUACAACGCUGGUUUUAUGAAAGAAGAAAUGAAGUAGAAGGAACUUUUUAUGAUGUUUCUUGUUGGCUAGAGGAGGAAUUGAAGAAAAAGAUAGAUUUAGCAUUUACUUCGAAUUUAUCGAGAAGAGAAACAUCAAGAAGUCCAACUUUUGAUCGCACUGGUACUUAA